AUGUCGCUGAUCAUUCCGGAAAAAUUCCAACACAUUCAUCGUGUGAUGAACACCAACAUCGAUGGUAACCGCAAGGUUCCAUAUGCCCUUACCGCCAUCAAGGGAGUUGGUAGACGUUUCGCUUUCGUCUGCUGCCGCAAGGCCGAUAUUGACGUUAACAGACGCGCUGGAGAGCUUUCGGAAGAAGAUUUUGAGAAGAUCGUCACGAUCAUGCAAAACCCAUCUCAAUACAAGAUUCCAAACUGGUUCCUCAACAGACAAAAGGACAUUAAGGACGGAAAGAACUCUCAGCUCCUUUCCACCGCUGUUGAUAACAAGCUCCGUGAGGAUCUUGAGCGCAUGAAGAAAAUCCGUCUUCAUCGUGGUUUGAGACAUUACUGGGGACUCCGUGUUAGAGGACAACACACCAAGACCACCGGACGUAAGGGACGCACUGUCGGAGUGUCCAAGAAGAAGGGAGGAUAA